CAGAAGUUGAAAGUCCGCUUCGGUUUGUCUUAUUUUCUGCAUUUUCGCGCUGUUUUCUCGGUCUCUGCGGGCAGCUGCGCGGUAUGAAAGCCGACCUUCCUUUCUCCUCUCGCCGGUCUCCCGUGCUGUGCUUGCACGGCUGCGUGGCGUCCAGUCAACCGCUGGCCUCAGCCGUGGGUCUGGAUGUCCUGAAGCGUGGCGGGAAUGCUGCAGAUGCGGCCGUUGCCAUGGCAGCGGCUCUGGCGGUAACGGAGCCGUGCAGCACUGGACUCGGCGGCGAUGCCUUCUGCUUGUUCUACGAUGGGAAAACUGGAGAAAUCCGGGGGAUUAAUGGCAGUGGUCGUUCACCUCGAACUUUGACCCUAGACUUUCUGGAAGGACUCGGCUACUCAGCAGAAGCUCCUCCUUCGGUGUUUGAUGCUUUAAAUGUGACUGUCCCUGGAGCUCCUGCCCUCUGGUGCGACACAGUCCAGUUGUUUGGAAGCCAAAAGCUGUCCUUGCAGGAGGUUUUGAGUGGAGCGGCGACCCUGGCAGAAGAGGGCUUUCCGGUUGCCGGGGUUAGGGUUAGGUCCAGGCACCACUGGAAAAAGUGGGCGGCGGCUUUGGGCGAGUCGGGGAAGGAGCUAGGGGCGGACCUGCUGAUCGGCGGCCGUCCACCCAAACACGGAGAAGUGUUUAAAAACACUGCGAUGGCUCAAACCAUGAAGGAGCUCGGUGAACAAGGCAAACCGGGUUUCUACCAGGGCCGAGUGGCUCAAGCUAUUGUUGAUGUCAUCAGCCAGAACGGAGGGGUCAUGACCCUGGAGGACCUCAGCAGCCACGACAGCGAGGUCGUCAGCCCCAUUAGCACAGAUUACAAGGGCGUGCGUCUGUGGGAGCUUCCUCCCAACGGUCAGGGCCUGGUCGCUCUGCUGCUCCUCAACAUCCUGGAGAACUUUCCUCUGCUCAAAGCUGGAGGCCACAACAGCUCAGACUACAUCCAUGUGUUGGUGGAGGCCGUGCGUUUGGCGCAGACGGAUGCCUUCUGUUACCUUGGCGACGCCGCCCAUGUGACCGUCCCUACAGAAAGCUUACUGGCGAAAAGCUACAGCCAGCAGCGGGCGCGGCACAUCAGCAUGGACAGGGUGAUGGCGCGAGUGGAACCAGGUCUGCUGACAGGAAGUGACACGGUCUACUUCUGUGUGAUUGACAGUCAGAGGAACGCUUGUUCAUUUGUCAACAGCACCUACAUGGGGUUUGGGACCGGCCUGGUCCCGAAGGACUGCGGCUUCUCGCUACAGAACCGAGGUGCCAACUUUUCCCUGCAGCGCGGCCAUGUUAACUGUGUUGCUGGAGGGAAGCGGCCGUAUCACACCAUAAUACCUGCCCUCCUCACCGACUCAGAAAAACCCCAACUACUCGCUGCCCUGGGGGUUAUGGGGGCUUUUAUGCAACCUCAAGGACACAUCCAGGUCCUGCUGAACAUGGUCGAGUUUGGGAUGGACCCUCAGCAGGCUUUGGAUGCACCGAGAGUCUUUGUGGAGUACGAUAACAAAACUGGUCAGUGGUUAGUUAAUUUGGAGGAAGGGAUCGACCAGGAAGUGGCUGAGGAGCUGAAAAGAAGAGGCCACAGAGUCAACUGGCCUGUUACAGGCCACCAGAGGGCUCAGUUUGGGCGUGGACAGAUAAUCACUGUGGGUGAUUGGUGGAGUCACUCCGUCCCUCAAACCGGCUCCCCACCCAGGGUGCUGUGGGCAGGAUCAGACCCCAGAGCAGAUGGAUGUGCUCAGGGAUACUAAUAUCAGAAAGACCAAAAUAUUGAGAAUCAUUUCACUGCUAAUUAAUACAAACGAAAUGUGUUUUUCAUGAUGAUUUUGGUUUAAUUCCCUCUUUUUUUAAUAGCACUCUUGUUUACUUUAGUUUUAUGAUUCAACCAAAUGAUUUUAAUGCUGGUUAAUAUUUGACCAACAGCUGGGUUUGUAUCAGACAUCACAUGGCACCUGCAUGAGGUGCUUUAUUUCCUGAUAUCAGUAUUCAUGAGUUUGUUCUGCAAAUGUUCAAAGUUCACUGACAAUUACUGGAUGCAAUCAGCAGAAGCAGAUCUGCACAGUAACCAAGGGAUAUUCUCAAUAUUUCUCUGAAAGAAAACCUGGUGAUUGAACCACUGAUACCACAAAUUGUUGGACUCAUCAAGAAAUAAAAUAAAUAAUAAUAUGAAAGUGCUUUUUCAUGCUCUGUAUGCAAGUCCUUGUGAUUGUCAGUUUAUUUUUUUAAGGAUUUUUCUUUUACAAGGAUCUUUUCUGUCUGCAAUGGCGACCCCAUAGGGGGGAAACGGGUGCCAUGGUACCCCAUAGAAAAAUGUUGGCCACCCAGAGAAUCAUGUUCAGGUCAUAGAAAGCCUUACAUAGUCAUCUUCUUCAGUCAGGAGCUAAAUGUAAAACACAAUAAAUACAUUUAUAAAAUUUUGCAAACUUCAAAUUACACAAUUCUAAAUUUUAUUAAAAUUGGAAAUUAAUAGAUAAAAAUAUAAAAAAUAUAUAGGGGAGGCCAGAGGGCAGCUAUAAAAAAUCUAUAUAAAAAAAAAAAAAAAAUUAUUUUCGAAUUUUUGAAGAAUUUUUUUUAUUGGCCCGAGCUAACCUCCCUUAUGAUAACUUUUUUGGGAGAAAACACCGUUGGUUGCAUUAGUUUUAAAUUCUAAAUCUAAGAUUAUUUGUCAGUGCAUUAUUAUUAUUCAUCUAUAGAAACUUAUGUUAAACUUGUUUAGAAAUGCCAAAUAAAUUAAAGUGUACACUUGUGUAAAUCUUCUUUUGCUACCAGAAUCUUUAUCUGAACUUUAUGCAGCUCGCAAUAAGGUGUACCUGAGUUGAAAAUGAUUAAUACUGCCUUUAUAAAAGGGCGUUUUGCUUCCCCAAAAGAAGAAAAACAUUCGGAAUAUUGUGUUUUCAGUUUGUUUUUUUAGAGUAAAACAUCCAAUAUAACAGUUAUUUUGGCUUCAGGGAAACUAAUAAAUUAAAUAAAAUCACCACUGCAGUUUUAUGUCAUUCCACUUCCUUAAUUAGGAAGCUGACAGCAGAUGUAAACAAAAUAAAUAAAUACAUUUGCUUAACUUGUGUGAAAAAGAUGCAAAUUGAUAACCACGUACACCCAGUAUAAUAUGAAGCCACAGUUUAAUAAAAAAAUAACAAAAAUAGAUAUGACACUAAUUAAAAUUAACUAAAUAAGACUUAAUUAAAAAUAAAUGUGUUAAAAUAUACUGUUUGUAACUUUAGAAAAUUCAUAUUGUUUUGUUUGUUUUAACUUUUUUUAAUCGCUGUGAACCAGUUGGAGUGACCCAACAACCGACACGAAGCAGGCAGAUAUUUUUUAAAGUGGAAUUUGAUUAAAUAACCAAAGUGAAUCAAAUUUACUUACUGUAGGUGACAAAGAGAGACAAAAAGCACUCCAUGUAUGUAAACAUCUAAAUAAUCUUCAUUAAUUAUGUAAUUUUCCUGUUGGCGCUGGAUUGUUUCACACAGUCCCUACUUGAGCAUAAAAUCUCCCCCAUGUUGGACUUUGUUGCAGCGGUAAUCUCCUUACAGUUCCAAACCCAACCUGGUACGAUCCGUUUACUCUGUUAACAACCCACCGACAUAAUCCAGGCAACAUAAUCUGCCUGAAACGGCUCUUAAUCGAGCGUCCCUUACGUUCAGCUUCAGUUAAAUGGACAUUAAAUGAUGAGUCUGUGAAAUAUAAAUGUUUACAUCUUUAAUCGCUAUUGAUGUUCAACACAUUAAACUUCUUCCUACCUGCUUGGAAGAAAUACCUUAAACCUUAUUGUUUCUUUUUGCUUUAAUUCACAUACACACACGCAGUCAUGUUUUCACAUCUUCUGGGGACUUUACAUUGACUUCCAUUCAUUUUCUACAGCCUAACUCUAACCAUCACAUACCUAGCCUUUACCAUAACUAACCUAACCAUCACAUACCUAGCCUUUACCAUAACUAACCUAACCAUCACAUACCUAGCCUUUACUAUAACUAACCAUCACAUACCUAGCCUUUACCAUAACUAACCAUCACAUACCUGGCCCCAAACCCAAAAACAGCAUUUCCCCUCAUGAGGAUCAAGAAAUGUCCCCAUAGGGAACAGCGGUCCCCACAACCCCACAAUGUGGACAGAAAUAGGUCCCCACAAGGAUAUAAAAACCAGGUUCUCACACACACACACACACACACAUACAUGUAAUCUAAAUAUUACAAUGACGUAUUAGGGCCAUGCUGAUAAAAUAAAAAGAUAAAAUUAUGAGAAUAAAGUAAAAAUUACUACAAUAAAGUUCUAAUAUUAUCAAGUUGUAGUUUUAUGAGAAUAAAGUUGAAAUAAUAAGAAUGAAGUCAUAAAAUUAUUAGAAUAAAUUCAAAAUAAUAUGAGAAUAAAGUCAAAAUUCGGAAGAAAAAGUUAUAUUACGAGGAUAAAGUCGUAGUUUUACGAGAAUAGUCUUAAUAUUAUAUUAAAUACUAUUUAAAUUAUUUCGACUAUUUUUGUACGACCAUUCUUGACUUUAUUCUCAUAUUAUUUCAACUUUAUCCUCAUGUUAUUUUGACUUUAUUUUUAUUUUUUCCUUUGUGUAGCCCAAACAAUCCAUCAUAAAUCCUGUUUUCUGUGAACAAUUUAAAUGAUAAAGUCAUAAUAUUACAAGAAUAAAAUAGUAGCAUUGCAACUUUAUUCUAA